UAUAAUGUUUGAAAAAAUGGGCAAUGUGCAUAUGUUCAUGUGUUAGAGGUAAAUGUCAAUUACACGAUGUCUGUCAUUAUAGCUAAUAAAAAUCCCGUGUAACAUUUCUGUUAGGUUACGACUCCUCGGUGGCAUUAUACAAUACUAGAUCUGCGAAUACCUCAUCUGUGUAUAUAGAGGAAAAUAUAACCAUUUGUCAUUUUGAUGGAGAAGAUUUGAGGCGCUCCUUGCUUCGAUGAACACGGCAACAUGAAAACAAAUAUUUCAUUGAAUGGAUGUAAGGAAGUUAAUAAAUGCCUCUUUCAAUCUGCGUACCUCUAGUGGCUAAUGCUUGGUUUUUAAAGAGGGAUUCAUAAAACGAGUGUUCUUGCUAUUUGAAUGUAACAAGAUAUCGAAUCUUCUGAUUUUUUAAAAAUCGACAGUAUGGCGAACAUUACGUGGGCCUUAAACCAGCAAUAUGCAGAAACUGUUCUUCCAAACACAGUGCUCCUGGCCCUGGGAAUGGCGGUGGGGGCCAUGGGAAACAUUACCGUCAUCACGCUGUACAUGUCGAGGAUACGAGAUAAGAAAGGAGACCGGUACUUCAUCCCAGUUCUGGCCUUCAUUGAUUGUCUGGGCUGUGUGGCUAACGGAUCUUUCUACACUACAGACAACCUGUUUCUUUUUGCAUACCCCAGUGACAUUCUUUGCCGUAUUCUUAUGUUCCUUCUGACGUUUGCGUCCGGAUUCUCCGCGCACAUCCUUCUGGUGAUCGCCUUACAACGAUACCUACUCAUCUGUCGACCAUUUGGCAAACAGCUGACCCUGUACCGGAGAAGGUUAUCUCUGGGGAUAAUCACCGUGGCUUGCCUCGGGUACGCCUCGCCGCUGUUAGGGAUCGGCGGCAUCCGACAUGGCAACUCCACGUUUCUAAAUCAAACGUUUGAAAGCCACACGUGCGUGUUGUCGGUAGAGACAUCUUCAGGGACACUGUUGUUCUUUGGGUUGAUAGCUUUAAUUACCGUGGCGAACAUUUUGGUAACCGGAGGAUUGUUCAUACCGAUUACGAGAGCCAUAUACAGAACGUUUUCGUUCCAGAAAAAGACGAUACACUGCGAAAGGAAAUACAAACAGGACGCUAUCAGCCAAGACACCCAGAUCGCUCAUAUACAAAUCCAAGAAACAGACGUCAACCAACAGCAGCAGAAACAGACGUCUGAAAUACAGAGAAAGCUCUCCUCGGGGAAGGACGUGGUGGGGUCUCCGAGUACAAACAAGUGGGAGUCCAAGAAAGAGAGGGUCAAGGCCAAGAUAAACCUGAUGUUUAUGAUCAUUAUUUUGGUGUACAUACUGUCAUAUAUCCCCACUCUGGUUAUUCUGAUCCUGACAUACACUCUAAGUGGAUUUACUUAUUUGGAAUUAUCGACUGCGGGAAUUAAUCUGUGGUUGUUUUGUGCGCGAUUUCUGCUGCUGAACCACGUGGUCAAUCCAUUUAUCUAUGGCUAUUUUGACGUUAAGUUACGGGCAGAGUUCACCAAAAUUUGUUGUGGUUUUGUGAAAAGGAAAUCAGAUUUUUCUGUGGAUAGUCAAACCGUGUCUUAAUUGUUUCAGCAGUACUUAGGAAAAGAAUGCGGUCGAUUAAUGCUAACGAAUGCAUGUAUUUACAUUUUAAUCGGUGUUACCAGCAGAUUUUCUGGUACUGUUUCACUUCAUAGUUAACAUGGUCAUUUGGUAUUUAUUCGAUAUUUCAUAUAGUUUAACAAGAGGAAUAAAGAAAAGCGAAACAAAAUAUUUGGAAAAUAUAAAACAACUUUAUUUUUAAAAUGCAUGUAAAUACAUAAAUAUAAAUUAUGACUAAAAAGCAAUGACAAAAAAACACAUUUGUAGUAAAAGCGUAACUAGCAACAUUCGAUGUGAAUAACAAUUUACAAAAUUUAAAAAACAACAACAUUAAGGUCUCGUGCAAGGUAAGGACUUCUAAUACUGUAGCGGUGUGUGAGCUCCGUAUUGCACAGCCCGGGGAAAACUGGCGGGCGGAUCCUGAAAUGUACAAAAUCAGAUUCAAAUCUCUCAGCGACAUGGAGUUCACAUGACCGAGGUAUAUUUAUCAUUAUUUUAUGCAUGUAAGUCACGUGCAUCAUAAAAAACACGAUAACAAACACGCUCCCUCUUAACUGGCAGCUGUGAUUGACGGGGACGUCCAGUUAAUAUAUUUCUUCCUUUCACGUUUUGUAAUUAUUCCGAUUUUUCUAUUCAAAAGUUCACGUGACUAAACACCGAUUUGGGAAUAGAUCGCAAAAGUAAUAUUUGGAGUAUUUUAAAUUUGAUACUUUCAUAAUCAAUGUAGUUCAAUAUAGUGAUAUUACUAAUGUUUUACGAAAACGAACAUGUCUCAACCUCGUGAAUUAGGAGCAGGUCGGUGUCUAAAUUAUUUGUUUUUAUUCACGCUUUUCCUUGGUGUUCACUUUUCAGUGACACUACUGUGUAGUUGGUGCUAUUUGUAGAAUUAACUAUUUCAAAUGUAGACAAUUCUAGGAUCUAAAGGACUGAAUAUUAAAUAUACAUAAAAUC